CCGGACCUCUGCUUCCAAACAGAUAAGCCCGGCCGUUAAAAACUCCAGCGAUUUGACGCCCAGCAAAACCUGGAAUUUACCCGCAACCAACUGGUCCUUCGAUCCCCGCAUUCAGCGACAGGAGCGAGAACUUUCCACACCUACACGUGUACGUGCAGACAAAGGCAAUCAAGGCCAGGAUAAUGUUGCGUGUCGAGGAAGGUCUCAGAAAAGCGUAGGUGGCGUUGGGGAGUGUUCGGAUGAACAAAUGGUUGAAUUGCGUUAGCUCCGCAACGCUGCGGUGAUGACGCUGUCGAAGGGCGCGACUCGGCGAGCCAAGAUGCAACUGGCAGGGUCCCAUCGGAGUAAUUUGGGAAACCGGGGUUGGAUGGGCAGUGGUACCGCUGCAUAUAUAUAUGUCGAUCUAGACUUGGCCGUCUUGGACGACGAGAACCACCUCGCCAUCCUCCUACUCCCCCAACACAGUCCGUCGUCGCAAAAGACCACCAAACCUCACAAUGCGCGCCCCUUCGCUGACCGUAUUUUCGACAUUGUUGGCCCUGUUCGGAGGCGUAACCGCCAUCCCGGCUCCCGGUGGAAAGCCAGAAGGGUGCCAAGCAGUUGAUGCGUCAAUCGUUGCCAGCACCGGUGAGCCGGUCGGAAAGGAGGUUGUUUACAACAACAUCACUUUCUACGUGUCCAAGCCUGACCGCAACAACGUCCGCACCAAGGCCAGGGCAGGCAAGGCGGUCCUCUACCUCACCGACGUGUUUGGGCUUGCCCUGCGCGAGAACAAGCUGUUAGUCGACAGCUUCGCGCGGGCAGGCUACCUAGCCGUCGCCCCAGACCUAUUCAACGGCGCCCCUGCUCCGGGCGACAUCAACGUGCCAGGGUUCAACACGACCGAGUUCCUCGCCAAGCAUGCCCCCGAGUUCACGGACCCCAUCAUCGCCACAUCGAUUGACUACUUGCGCAAGGAGCACAAGGUCAGCCGCAUCGGCGCGCCGGGGUAUUGUUUUGGUGGGCGGUACUCGUUCCGGUUUGCGGCCGAGGGGAAGGGCGUCGACGUUGGCUUCGCUGCGCACCCGAGUCUGCUGGAGGAGAGUGAGAUCCAGGCCAUUGCGCGGCCUGUGGCCGUGGCCUCCGCCGAGCAUGAUAGUUUGAUGACCCCCGCGCAGAGGUUUGAGAUGGAGACUAUCCUUUCCAACACGCCUCAGCCGUACCAGACCACGCUCUACUCGGGCACGGAGCACGGGUUCGCGGUCCGGGCGAAUAUGUCGGAUCCGCAGUCGAGGUUUGGGAAGGAGGAGGCUUUUCUACAGGCGGUCAGGUGGUUUGAUCACUUCUUGCUGGCUUAGAGAGGGAGAGAGGUGUCAAGGUGUCUAAUAGUCGUGUGGCCCCAGUUUGUUGGGCGUCUCGAGCUGGAGUCUGGGCUUGAGCGGCAUGGAAGGUUUCGGACUGCAGAUUCAUGGGCUGUUGCGGCGGAGUUUUCUACCUUUCAGUCGAACCCUUGGGCAAUGAUUUCACCAGCCCCAGGCGGCAACUUCAAGUUGUGCCAUCAUUUAAAGUGCGAUACAAGUUUAGAUAGAUUCACACAAAGUUCAUAGGAAGUCAUGAAGCUUUGCCAAAACAAAAAGAGGAAAAAAAUAAAAAAUAAAAAUAAAAAUAAAAAUAUAAAAAAAUACAAAAAAAUCAGAGAUCA